ACCAAAGCUCACAAGUGCUGCAAUACUGCCCUCUGGUGACCUGACUUUCAUCAUCCUGGCUUGAGCAUCGAGCAAAUAUUGUAUUUGUGCCCCAGUUCCUUAAACAGCAGAAAGGACAUUAUUUCUGUCUACAUGUAAAUUAGAUCAUUGAAAAGCCUCACACAGUUCAUGGUCUGAGAAGAUGUUAGACAGAGAAGGUUCCUCAUCUUUGUGCUUUGCUCAAGCUGCAGAGGCUGCUGGUGAAAACCGAAUACAUGCAAAUGGCUUCUCUGUUGCUUUGGUUCUGAAAAUGAUCAUAUUACAUUGCUUUGGCCUGGAAUGCUUUUUUCCUGCAUGUGCAAUUUGUAUGAAUUGCCCAUUUCUUGCUAUUGUAUAUUUGAUUGAAGGCUGCCACAGCAACAGACUGUAAAUCUGUUAAAUAUUAAUCUUCAGAUCCUUCCAUUAAUUUGUUCCCACCAUAUCACUUUUUAAAAAAACGUAUUCAGUCACUUGAGCUGGGCCAGCAUUUACUGCCCAUCCCUCGUUGCCCUUGAGAAGGUGGUGGUGAAGUGCUUUCUUGGAUUGCUUCAAUCAAUAUGCUGUAGAUUGUUCAACAAUGCCAUUAGAGAGGGAAUUCCAGAAUUUUGACCCAGAAAUGAAAUGGAAGGAAUGGUAAUAUUUCCAUGUCAGGAUGGUGGCACUGAUGAUUAUGCUGGAAGAAUGAGAAGCAUUUCAAACAUGCUGCGAUGUUUAGGCCGUGACAAUUUUAAAUUUGACUUUGUUCCUUAUGGUUGCCAUUGCACCCGCAAGAAGAGGCGGAUUCUGAUUGGAAAGCCGGUGGACUUGAUUGAUUGGUGCUGCCUUCAACACCAGUGCUGCUACAAGACACGGGUAGGAGAAGGUUGCAAUCCAAUGGUCCACUACAGAUGGAGCUGCAUUGAUGGGAUCGUAGCGUGUCCCUCAAGACCCAAGACACACUUGUGCCACACAGCCAGGUGCACAUGUGACUACUAUCUGGCUCUCUGUCUGCUCCCAUUCCCAGUUUGGGAGAAGUACAAGAAUCAUCCCUUGAAACAUUGUUCCAAGGACAUACAGUGUUUUUUUACUACCUGA